GUUAAUUUCAUGCUGGAGUUUGAGUUCAGCUGCACUUCUUUACAAAGUCGAGUGCAGAUGAAGCUCAACGCAACCAGUGACAGUAUGGAGAGAGAGGACACAUUACUGGACAACAGCGUCCAGCUGCAGACUUUUGUUCAGUAUCAGCCCGACCUGUUUGUCAGCAGCAUCUCUAAUCUGAACCGCUACGAGGUCCAUCCCACACGGUCGGCAUCAGAAGCAAUCGGACCAGAGUUUUACACACACUUCAAGCUGCAGAACCUCGGCUGUUACACUCUGAGUAACCUGGAGCUGCACAUGUUUCUGCCCUCUGUGGCUGCAGGAGACGCCGUCUUCAUGACCGUCACUGAUGUUUAUGCGUUUAAUGCGUCAGGAGUGACCUGCAGCGUGCUGAGUGACGUGGCCCGACUGAAGGCCAGACAGAGAGACGUACGGCCCCUCCACACUGAAGACAUGUUACACAACGAAAUACUGAACUGCAGCCGGGCGUGGUGCACAGAGGUGGUGUGUGAAGUGCAGCAGCUCGGACACGAGGCCAUCAUCAGGGUCACCCGCAGAGUCCACGAUGAUUUCUUCAGAAAGGCCAAAUACAAGUCGGUGAAGAUAGUGAGCAGUUUCGAGCUCACAGCCCAGGAGACGAGCUCCAUCACUCUGGGUGCAGGGAUCCUCAGAGGGGAGUCGGUUCUGGAGGUGCUGAAGGGUCGAUCCAUCCCCAUCUCUCUCUGGAUCCUGAUCGGCAGCAUCAUCGGCGGCCUGCUGCUGCUCGCUCUCAUCAUUUUCAUCCUGUGGAAGCUCGGAUUCUUCACACGCAAACUAAGAGAAGAGGAAAACCACGAGGAUUGAACCAAAGUUUUCUCUUUUUUAUUACGAUGAAGACGACAGGAAGAGGUGGGCUGGGAGGGGUUCUGCCUCCAAAACAGGGUAAAUGACGGUCCUAAGCUGAAGCUGAAGGAUCUCCAGGACCAAAGAACCGUUAUCAGGGUCCAGCAGAGAUGCACUACUUUCAGAAUCAGAGGGAGAAAUUAUGUAAAUUAUUUUUUUAUUGUGUUUUUCAAAGGGAAAAACAAAGUAUACUAAUCCAGGGGUUCUCAAGCCAUUUGGGUCUGGGGACCCCUUACCAGGGACCCCCUCAUAAACCCCGUGCUGUUUUAAAA